GACCACAGACAGUCAUCAGAGAGGUACCAGUGGAGACGCAUAUCAAAGCAAAUACUCAACUACUAGUCAUCAUACAGUAGAUAUUACCAUUAGGAGUCAGUUAGAAAGGUAAUCAUGAGUAAGUUAAUAGUAUAAGUAAAUGCUAAAAUAAUGUAUAUUACAAUAAGACGUCAAACAGACUGAAUUAGUUGAUUCAUUGAUUGAUUGGGGUAAUCAUUGAUAUUCGGUACAGUUAGUUAAGAUGGCCGACUACGUCAACAAACAGGUGAUUGAAUUAAAUGAAGUUACUGAAGAAAACCGGAACAGAGCAACGAGGAGCAUGAAGAGUGAGACCCAACUCUCAGAUGAAAGAACAAGACUCUACAGGCUGGCUGCUGUGUGUUUUGGAGUGCUGUGUGUUCUACAAGUCAUUCUCAACGUCUCCCUGAGACUGGCUUUCUCCCGCUCUAACGAAGAGAGAAACCAGUUACAGACCUGUUACAACACCACUGGCCUUGCGCAAGACAGAGACCAGCCAGAUACCAGUAGUGGUAUCAUUGACCUGUGUACAGACAGGGACCAGCUGCAGAAGGAGAGAGACCAGUGUCGGAAGAACAUGAACCAGCUAGAGAGGGAGAGAAACCAGUUACUGAGGGGCAGAGACCAGUCAGAUACCAGUAGUGGUAUCACUGACCUGUGUACAGACAGAGACCAGUUGCAGGAGGAGAUAGACCAGCAUAGAAAGAACAUGAACCAGCUAGAGAGGGAGAGAGGCCAGUUACUGAGGGACAGAGACCAGUCAGAGAAUACAGAGGACAAAAACCAGUUACAGGAGCGUUACAAUGCCCUGACUAAAGACAGGGACUUGUUGAGAAACAGGGUCAGUGUUCUGACCAAUGAGAAGGUGGCGCUGGAGAAGAAGAUCUCUGAGCGUGGGAUAAACAUUUGUCGGAAAAUCGGGAAACCUUGUCCAGAGGGUUGGAGGCUCUUGGGAUCCAGCUGUUACUUCCUGUCGACUCAGAUGAAAACCUGGGAGGAGAGCAGACUGGACUGUCUGAACAGAGGAGCAUAUUUGGUGAUCAUAAACAGCUUGGAGGAACAGCAGUUAAUCUUUGGCGUCAAUAAGAGAGCCUGGAUUGGUCUGACUGACUCUGUUACUGAGGGGACCUGGAAAUGGGUGGACGGCACCCCACUGACCACCCCAAGUUACUGGUACUCACCGCAGCCUGAUAAUGGUGGUGACAACCCAGCAAAUGGGGAGGAGGACUGUGUUGAGCUGAACACAGAAACAUGGCAUCCUGUAAAAGCAUGGAAUGACCAAUCAUGUGAAGACAAUCGUUACUGGAUUUGUGAAAAAAGUGUUUAACAACACCAUGACAACAGAGGAGGCAGGUGGGAGGGCAUGCGGGCUCAUUGUAAUUGCUGGAAUGCAAUUUAUGGACCGGUAUCAAACGCAUCAAACAUAUAUAAAACACAUGUUUGACUCCGUUCCAUGAAUUCCAUUCCAGCCAUUACAAUGAGCCUGUCCUCCUAUAGCUCCUCCCACCAGCCUCCUCACAUGACACCAUACUGUAACACAGAUACAGAUACCUGCUCGGCCGAAAUGAAGCAGCUUGCACUCUUGGCCUCGCACGCUAGCAGUGAAAAUUUUGCAGAAACAUAACACUGUGUUUCAUAUCUUACUGCUUUCUUCAGUGCGCUGUGCUCUCCUGACACCAAAUAAUCAAUCAUUUUUAAUAUUAAUUCAAUGGAUUGGCGAUUGCAUUGUCUGUGGAUCUAUUGGUGCGGAAAGCAAAUUGAAGUGGGUCUAGGGUGUCAGGUAAAGUAGAGGUGAUAUGAUCCUUGACUAGUCUCUCAAAGCACUUCAUGAUUGCAGAAGUGAGUGCUACAGGCGAUAGUCAUUUAGUUCAGUUACCUUUGUUUUCUUGGGUACAGGAACAAUGGUGGCCAUCUUGAAGCAUGUAGGGACAGCAGACUGGGUUAGGGAGAGAUUGAAUAUGUCCAUAAAAUUUGAGAUAAUUUCUGUUCCUUAAAGAUAAUAGCAGUUCACUCAAUCUUAAACCCGAUGAACAUUCAACUGUCAAAUGGGACUUAGAUGAAGAUCACAUCAAAUGUCAUGACCAAUUUAUGCAGAAGUCCAGGUAAUUCCAAAGGGUUCACAUACUUUUUCUUGCCACUGUAUCACUAACCACAAUACCUUUGUUCUCUCUCUGUUCUCCUGUACGCUCCUCUGUCUGUCCUGUGGACCUCUGUCUCUCUAUGUAGAUGCAGAAUAAUAUCAGUGCAUUUGCAAUUGUAUUGUAAACACACAAAAUCUAUGCACUUACUCCUGCAAUUAGAACGACUGUCUCUGUGUUUGCUGAGCUGCAUCUCUCACCCUCUUUCUCAAGAAGAAAUUCUGUAUGUCCAUCUUGUUUUUUCAACAGAUAAUUGAGCUGACAUUACCAAAAGUAGCUAGUGUCAUGUUAGUCAUUGAUGCCCCUCAAGUUAGCUAGCUAGCUAGGUUUAUUAGCAAUUUUUUGUAUAUUUGGACAGUAAUUGAUUAGACAGUAAUUGGUUAGUGAUACUAUUUGGGUGGUGAACAGAGCUCCAGCAGUUGGAUUUAGUGUCCAGUGUCCAAAAAGCUAAUCUAGGUUGUCCCUAACGUUAGUUAGCUAGUUUAACGUAAUCUGUCAGUGCAGCUUUUGAGUCAACAUGUUGAAUUGUAGCUAAAUUACUCGAAUCUGGUUUACUGUGAGGUCAAUAACUCUGAAUAGCCUCAUCAUGGGCUAACAAAAGUAGCUAGCUAUAGUAGUAGCAAGCUAAGAAAGUUUACCUCCGGUUCUCCUUCUCAUCUUUGUACGCUCUCCCUCAGAGAAUGAACAGAUGCCCGACAACAUAUUAAUUAUUUGGACGAAUCAAAAUGACUUUGAAAACAACUUUGACUCCACAGUAUACAGAAAUGCUGGUUUUAGGUACCACUAAAAAGGCAGGCCAGGGCUCAUGAUUGGAGUAUUUAUUGCAGUGUGUAAUGCAGUGUAACCUAGUUUGCUGUACACCCUCCCAGCAGGGCGAAAGACUCGGGCUGAGGCAAAAUCCUUCAUGGCUAAUGCCAAAGAAAGCCCAGUUCUAGUGGCAUCAAUUUUCUCUAUAGUUUAAGAGUGUGUAGACAUACUGUAAUCUGUAAAAUGCUUGUAUUCAAUGUUUUUAAUAUAAACAUGUUAUGUGAUUUGCCAUAGGCUUGUGAUUUUUCCAUGAUCAAUUAUUACAUAAACUGCUUUAAUAAUAAGAAGAAUUAAGGCACAGAUGAAUAAAUAAAGGAAACGUCCUUUAACAAGGUC